CGACUCUUAUCGUCUUGGAUGGACUUUUCGUUCGACCGGUGCUUCGCCUCCUCAAAUCUUUAUUGAUACAUCACACUUAGGCAUCUCGCGUCCUGAGGCCAUUGCAGUACUGUGUUGGUGUAUAUAUAUAUCCUUUCGAGUCUGCUCUAUGUGAGAGACCGUGGAUGUAAAUCAUCGUAUGUCACUCAACUCAUGACUUUUUGGGUUGGAACUUUACUUAUGUUUCAAUGCUAGCCGUUUCUUAAUCCAGUAUUGUCAUCUCAUCCAGUGUCCCAGCGCUACAACUUGACCGACGUUUUGGCAUGGUGAAUUGUGGUAUCGCUUCCUCAUUGUAGUCCGGCCAACACUAUGGACCCAUUUAUACAAUUUAACGACCUUCCUCAAAUUCCAAACUCUUUGGAGGACGAGGCAUCAUUCGCUGGAUGGCAAUAUCAAUAUCAAUAUCUUGCACAGCCGCAGGCAUACAUCCAGGCGAGGGUGGAAUCAGGGGAGUGCUUUGGGAAAGGACCACCCUACCAUUACCCAAGGACAUCAAAGAUGGAAUCGAUUCAGCGAUAUAUAAACAACGCUGACACCUCUCCAACCUCGCUUUACCUAGGAUGUGUGGCCAGCCUGCCUCUUCAGACUCAGAACCUAAAACAGUAUGACCAAACAUCAACGUGGUCAUCUGUAGAAUAUGUCCCAUGCUCCACACGUAUCGAUUCACCCGAACCUACCUCUGUGUCUGGCGAAUCUACUCAUUAUCCUUUCACCGAUGCUGGAUCGCCAGACACUUAUUAUCAAGGUUCUUAUGGCGGUCCAACAGAUAGCUAUCUUUCCGGGAUAUCGUACCCAUCCCCCAACCCGUCUAUAUCCGCACCCGGCAUACUUGAGCUAUCGCAUACAGGGCUAGGUAUCUGCCCACAAGAUGUUCUUUACGAGCAGGACCGUGUGGACCCUCUUGCAAAAGACCAAGUCCAAGACUGUUCGGAUACUAUUUCCGAAUCUGAGCCUGCGCUUGACUCGCAGUACGCUUCGGCAACGCCUACAGAUGGGGAGAGGGAUGAAGACGGACAGCACGAGUACGAUAUUGCUAUGUCUUAUCAAUUGGAAGAGUAUGUUCGGCCUGCUGAGGAAACCGACUCCGAUUACUCGCCAGUGCAACGAACGUCGAAGAAGCGAUGCUCAUCUGCAUCCAACGGUCCGUUCCGCUCUGUAAAACGCAGGCCCCGCAAGAGCGGUAUCACACAGUCAGCGAUCUCCAAACCCAACAAGAAUAAGAGGAAGCGCGCCAGCGUCUCGUCGAAGUCAGCGAAGUCCAGCGCCAAGAAGAACGCCGAUUCCAAGCAACCUUUCCCUUGCACUCUUGCCAUCUACGGAUGCCAAUCCAAAUUCUCCUCGAAGAACGAAUGGAAGCGGCAUAUGAAUACGCAGCACAUCAAGCUCGGCUUCUGGCGAUGUGAUCUCUGCAUUACCACCACCGACCCCGAGGACGCCGGAAGCGUCUAUCACAAUGACUUCAACCGCAAAGACCUCUUCAGACAGCAUCUGCGACGCAUGCACACCACUCACCCCAAAGGCACAAGCGGUGGCUCGGAUAUCCCAGUCACAGAGGCAAACAUCGUCGAGCACGAACAUCGCUGUUACCGGCACUUGCGUGAAAACCCUCAACACUCAAAUUGUCUGUUCUGCGAUGCAGUCUUCACUGGUGCAAACAGUUGGGACGAUCGCAUGGAUCAUGUCGGGCGCCAUCUUGAGAAGGAUCGCAGGCCUGAGACAUACGAUGUAUCGGCUUGGAAGGUAGAUCCCAUGCUCGAAUCUUACCUACUCGAUGAAGGUCUGAUAAAGCGCAACCACGACGGGUGGUCGAUCGGAAAUGGUCUCCCAAGAGCGGCGGCAUCCCGAUUUGAUGAUGACAGCGGGAGCGAAUAAGAGACUGGUUCUCACAAACAUACACGGCACAGAGUGGUGAGGCUGUAGGGUCGGUGAAUUAUACAUAUCUCACGACAUGGUUUUGCUAUAUGCGCGACAUUUGAUUUCGGAUACCCAACCAACGUGGCGUUCGGGGUAUAUUUCUUUUAGGCAGUAGAUAUGUUUUUCGGCAAAAAUAGAUAGUAGCUGACGGCAUAGCGAUAAUCUCAAUUUAUUUCCCUUUGAUCCAACCAAGAUACGCUUCUCAGGAGUCUUUGCGUGUCAGCUUGCCGCCCAAGUCAAGACACGGAGUUCAUAGCAAUUUGAUUCGAAGGGAGGCAACGGCGAAUCGACUGUUGGGUUCAAGUCGGACCCCAUCUUUUACAAGCCAUAGCAGAGUGGUGAAUCAUGACACCGUGCUCCGCAUGCGCGUUGUGUCGGGCUUCCAUUCUGAUUGAAGUUAGCUUACGUCGGUCGGACUGUUAUGGCAGCCAGC